AGGUAGUGGAGCUCAUCUCCAGUGCCAUUGGGGACCUGGUGCAGGGCAUCUACUAUGAGAACUCCUGCACUGCUGAGGAGAGCAGUCCUGUCGCUGACGUCACCAUGGCCACCUGGGAGGAGCAGGCGUUCCUUUCCCAUGGCUCUCUGCUGGCAAAUAGCUGCCAGGCGGCCAUGGAGCUGGCCAAGCACGACAAGAAGGCCCAGGCCCUGGCCUUCCAGUACGGCAAGCACAUGGCACUGGGGCACAAGAUGAACUCUGACCUGCAGCCCUUUGUGACGGGCGGUCCGGGGGACCCCGUUUCCUUCAGCCUGAACUCGGCUCCCGUGGCGUUCCACCGUCACGCGGUGGGGGCGGAGACCUGGCUCCUGCAGCUGCAGCAGGCCACUACUAUCGGACGGCAGGUGGACUACACAAAGCUCUGGAGAACGAUCCAGGCGGGGAAAGGCGUGAGCUCUGCCAUCGGCCUCUGCCGUUACCAUGGAAACAAAGCCUUGGAGGCCAUCGAGUGCUUCGCUCCGUCGGAGGCCCGGUCUGCCCUGGAGAACAUCGCCAGCGCCGUCGCCAAGUUCUGACCCGGUCAGCGGGGUGGGGAGGGGGGGCAUUCCAUCUCCCCCGAAAAACUCCUCCUCUCGCCAGCCUCACAGACUGCUGACCCCCCGCCCUCAGUGCCUGAUCUGGGCCGGCUCGCGGAAGAACGCCUCGUCCUGAGAACUUCAAGGUUCUGAUCCAGUCGGGCCUGGACCAGAAUAUGGCCUGAGGUGCCACAGGGAGCUGCCACCCCCCCCCCUCCCCUCCCCUCCCCUCCCAAUUGGGCCUGAUCUGCCUGAGA